UAUUCGCUGGGCGCUCUGCUCGGCGAGGGCGCCUUUGGCAGCGUCCGCUCCGGCACAGACUCGAGCGGCACUCGAGUGGCCGUGAAGCAGCUGAACAAGGCCCGCACCGCCUCGGACGUCUUUGAGAGGGAGGCGCGGAUGCUGCGCGGCGCGGGCACGCACCAGCACGUCACCUGCCUCAUCGACUCGUUCGAGUCGCCCGCGCAGUGGGUGAUCGUCAUGGAGCUCGCCGGCGGAGGCGAGGUCUUCGAGCGGAUCGUGCAGCGAGGGCCUCUGUCCGAGAGGGACGCCGCGCUGGUGGUGCGGCACGUCGCGCGCGCUCUCGCCCACCUCGCCGCGCGCGACAUUGUGCACCGCGACCUCAAGCCGGAGAACCUGCUCUUUGUGAGCGAGGCCGAGGGCGCCGACGUCAAGCUCACCGACUUUGGGCUCGCCGCCUUUUGCGCGGCGUCGCCGCGGGCGGCGGAGGCGGGCGGCGAGGAGCGCCCGGCGACGGUGAGCGGGCUGGCGGGCACCGAGCCCUACAUGGCGCCCGAGAUGGUCCGGCUCGACGCGUACUCGCACUGCGUGGACGUCUGGUCGCUCGGCGUCUGCCUCUUCACGCUGCUGUCGGGCUACCUCCCCUUCGACCCGCACGGCACGGCGCCGCCGCGGCUGGUGCAGCGCAACAUCUUGCGCGGCGAGCCCGACUGGUCCGCCUACCCGCAGCAGUGGGAGCCCGUCUCGCAAGAGGCGCGCGCGCUCAUCGGGCGCAUGCUCGCGCUGCGGCCCGAGGACCGCGCCACGCCGGCGCAGCUGCUCGCCACGCCGUGGGUGGCC